CAGAGGGCAGUUUUCUACAUUCUCGAGUAAUGGCCAUGUCAAAGUCUAAUAACGUAGCUGAGUAAACCCGUAGUCGAAUGCAUUUGUCCAAAUUAGAUGAAUCACAAAUUUUCAAAGUUGGAUAUGAUUACCUGGGCAAGGCGAGUUCGCUAUAAAUUCUCGAGAUGUCAAAACUUCAUGCACUAUCACCUUGGCGUUCUUCACCUGCGACUUGUUCCUCCUACUUGGUCUUUUACAAAUGGCUCUAAAGCUUCACUCGCUUUUCGCCCUCUCGACGGCCCUAAUUCUCAUACAAGCACCAGCAGAGGCUGCCACUUGCACCGGCUGCUUCGUGCAAUCUCGAGCUACCUACUAUCCAAACUCCGAUGAGCAAGGAACAGAUACUGGUGCUUGUGGGUUUGGUUCUUUUGGAGCAAACAUCAAUGGCGGUGAUGUAUCUGCUGCAUGGGACCUAUAUAGAGAUGGACUCGGUUGCGGCGCUUGCUACCAGGUGAGAUGCACAGACAGCAACUACUGCUCGGACAAGGGGGUGACGGUAGUUAUAACUGACCAAGGCUCAGGUGAUAGCACAGACUUCAUCUUAAGCAGGCGAGCAUUUGGACGCAUGGCUCAAACCACGGAUAAAGCCUCAUCUUUGUUCACCAUCGGUGUGAUUGGAAUCGAAUACAGACGAGUUUCAUGCAGCUACCCAAAAAAGAACAUAACAAUCAAGAUCGAUGAGAGCAGCAGCUACCCUCAUUAUCUCGGCUUUGUCAUAUGGUAUCAACAGGGAGACAAGGACAUCACCGCCGUGCAGCUGUGUGAGACGCAGAGUUUCACUUGCAAGCUUUUGGAGCGGUCCCAUGGAGCCGUGUGGACAACUACCUCGCCGCCCAGCGGGCCCCUGUCAGUGAGGAUGUUGCUGAGUGGGGACGGUGGGGAUGAAACAUGGCUAGUUCCUGUUAACGACAUUCCGGAGGGAUGGAAAGGUGGAGAAACAUAUGAUACCGGCGUGCAAGUGAACUAGAGAGCGAGGGCAACUCGUUGCACCUUCAUUCUUUCAUAGGAUGUUCCAUUUACGAUUGAAAUAAGGUCCUCCUCAUCGCUGGUUUCCAUAGAUUUCUUUCUUUUCAUUUGUUAAAAGACAAUCUCGUUAAAGACAACAGAUUGUCUUGAACGAGAGAGAUCUGUUGUGAUCGAUAGGAUUUCGAUAGGUACUUUGCCAGAAUCCCAAUAAUAAUGUAAUUUUCUUCUGUUCAAAAAGUCGUUAAAGAAUCA